AUGACCCCACUCCGCUCGAACGGGCACCAGACACUGUCCGAGGCGUUGGACAUCUCCACAGCCUUGGUGGGAACAGGAACUCGCGCACAGCCGACACCGGGGCGUCGGGAAGACAACAAGGCUGACGACGAAACGGAACGACGAUUGAACCUAAAGAACGGUAAGCUCUUGCGACCGAAUCCCAUCAAGUACGCGGGGCUGCGGACGGGAAUAUGUUACGACUCGAGGAUGCGGUUCCAUGCGACCAUCAAUGAGAAGGAUGCUCACCCGGAGGAUCCGAGACGAAUCAUUGAGAUUUACAAGAUGAUUUGUGACGCGGGCUUCGUCGACGAUCCAACGUAUUCCGGCUUUGUCAAAAAAGGCGACCUCAUGUCUCGUAUUCGGGCGCGUGAGGUCACGAAGGAGGAAGCGAUGUUGGUGCAUACUCUAGAGCAUUGGGAGUUUCUCGCGGGGACGGCUGAACAAACUCCGGAUGAACUCAAGACAUUGUCGAGGAGGGAAGACUCCGUUUAUUUUAAUCGAGAGUCUUUCCUCUGCUCGCGACUCUCGUGCGGUGGCGCAAUCGAGAGUUGCAUGGCGGUCGUCUCUGGCAAGGCCAAGAACGCCAUCGCGAUUGUGCGCCCUCCGGGGCACCACGCGGAGCCGAGCAGAGCGAUGGGGUUCUGUCUCCUGAACAAUGUCAGUGUGGCGGUCAAAGUGGUACAGAACCAGUACCCAGAAAUGUGCAAGAAGGUGUUGAUUUUAGAUUGGGAUACAGCCUUCUACAAAGAUCCCAGUGUCUUGUACAUGUCUAUCCACCGCUACGAGAAUGGAAACUUCUAUCCGAGCGGGCCAGAAGGAGGCAUGGAUCAGUGCGGUGAGGGGGAUGGCUUGGGAAGGAAUGUCAACGUCCCUUGGGACAAUGCGGGGCUGGGAGACGGGGAUUAUAUGUACGCAUUUCAGCGUGUAAUAAUGCCGAUCGCAGUUGAAUUCGAUCCAGACCUCGUCGUCAUAUCGGCGGGGUUCGAUGCGGCGGCAGGCGACGAUCUGGGGGGCUGCUACGUCACGCCAGCGGGCUAUGCGCAUAUGACGCAUAUGCUCAUGAGCUUGGCGGGCGGCAAGGUCGUCGUUUGUCUCGAGGGAGGUUAUAACCUCGUCUCGAUCUCCAAUUCUGCGCUUGCGGUCACGCAAGUGCUCAAUGGGGAGCCGCCUGGGCAGCUGCACGAUGGAGCCGUCGCCUGUCAGCCGGCAGUCGACGUCGUCCAUCGGUGUGUACACCACCAGAUGCACUACUGGCGGUGUAUGCGCUCGGCGGACCCGUAUAUCGUUCGACACUACCAAGCCAAAAAGUUGUGGGACAGUCACGACAUGUCAGUCGUGACACUGUUUCGAGACUUCGAGAACUCGGAGUCAUUCGAAUACCAGGUGUUGGCCACACCAGGAAUUGAGAAGAGUCAGACGGUGAUUUUUUAUAUCCAUGACCCGCCACCCGUGUUGGCACAGCCCGAACCGCAUACCAACCACAUUGCACUCCAUGAUUCGAUUCUGGUGGAUGUAGGAGCGUCGUACAUCGACUGGGCAAUCAGCAACGGUUUCGGCGUCGUUGAUGCCAAUGUCCCCAAGCAGAUAACCGGGCCUCGGAAGGUGACCUAUGAUCGUCUCAAGAUGACCGACGAGCUUUGCAAGUAUCUAUGGGAUAACUUUCUACAGCCAACCGACGCAAAAGAUCAAAGGAUCAUUCUACUCGGCGUGGGCGACGCUGCUCAGGGCAUAGUGCGACUCUUAACAUCGAGAAAUUGUCAUGAGCGCGUCAAAGGAGUUAUCAGCGUUAUCGGCAGCGAUAAUGUCUUCCGUGCGAUUGUACCAAGCAUUCCGGAUGAUCGGAUGCUUAAUUGGUAUUACCAGAACUCUCUUGUCAUGGUCAGCAAAAACCACGCCUUUUGGACCCGUAGCAGCCGCGGUCUCAAGAAGAAGUACGGUGCAACGGGAAAGAGCAACGGCAACGACGCCCACGAAGUCCACAAAUUUGAAUUUGAAAGAAUCACCAGCUGGAUCAUGGACAGACUUGAAGAUUGA